AUGGGAGAAGAAGAAAAUGAUUCAGAAAUAUCUGUUGUUGCAAAAAAUGGUGAAAGCUCGAGGGUUGAUAAUCAAAAUCCUAGUCAGAUCAUUAACGGAGAUGGAGAGAAUGAUCAAAAGCCAAGGAAGAUGGUAAUAACUAAUAAGGGGAAAAAGAAGUGGGGAAGUUGGGUUCUUCCGGGUUCAAUGUUCUCCUUCUUUUGGCUUAUGCUACAAUUUCUUCCAAAGAUGGGAAAGAAGAGGAAGGCUUCAAAGCAUGGUGGUGAUGAUAAAAAGGAGGUUGAAUCUGGCCUAGAUGAAAUCCACAUGGAAGAUGAAGUUGUCCCCGAAGAAACCGAAAAUUCAGCCCAAGUUGAUUUUUUUGAUAUUUCCGAUAUGGGGAGUUCUAAAAUUGAAAAUCCUGCUGCAACUGCAAAAAGGCCAAAGAAAGCUCAGAAACCAGAAAGGAUCUGUGGUUCAACGCUGACUGGUUCGAAGAUUUUUACGGAGAAAGACGAGAUUACUCUGCUUCAAGGUAAGAUUGAUUGUGGAAUUUUUAAAAAUGUACCUGCGCCAUCGAUUCGUACUAAUGUCUUGCGUGAGUAUUUAGACGGGAAACUUAGUACUAAUUUUAGCAAUACUCAGAUUUAUGAAAAGAUAAGGAGAUUGAAGCAAAAAUUUGUUAAAAACAUGAAGAUGUAUGAAAAUGGUGGUGGUGAUCAGGGUGUUGGUUUCUUAGUUAAUUCACAUGAGGCUUUGGUAUUUGAGCUCUCAAAAAACAUCUGGGGUGAAGAAAUUGGUAUGGGUGACAAUAUUGUUGUGAAAGCUAAAAAGGUAAAGAGCAUUGAAGAAGGGGAAUUGAGUUUGGUAGGACAAUCUUGUGCAAAGAAUACAAAUGAUGAAGUUAGCAAGGUUUUGAAGAAGAAGGAAAGAAUGCUAGAGGAUAUUGAAAGAGUUAAAAAGAAGAUCAAAGUAAAGCUUCAAUUGAAGGAACUUGAAUAUGAUGGACUGAAGAAGGGAAACUGA